UGCUAAAGCUUCUGCCAGCUCAGAGAAAGAAAAUAAUAAUAGGAGAAGCAUCAAGUGGUGGGACGUAAUGUUUAACGUUGUAAGCGGUCUUCAAUAGUAUUUCCACAUGGUUUAAUGUAAACUACAACUUUCAGUGACAGAAUGGCAUUAAGGUAUCUUUUACGUCAGGUGCCAUUGCAUUGCAACAGAACUAGUCCUCUAUUGCAGUUUAUGUUUCAAGCCCUUCCAAGAGGGAGUAAAAAGUAUGCACUUGAACAUCUUUCGGGUGUGCGUCUUUGUGCACAGCUACCGGCACCAUCAAUUACAGACACUAAAGACACCCAGAAGACUGAUUCAAGUGCAAGUGCAGCAGAGAAAAUCAAAAACUUAGAUGAAGAGAUGACGAAGAAAUUGAAAAUUUUACAACUAGAGUAUGAAGUCAUGAAACAGCUUGGAUCUUUUAGAGUUCCAGACAACAUGACUGAUGAGCUUUGGUUGGAGAUGCUUACUUUCCCGACAGUCAGUGCCCGGAAAAGAUAUUAUCGUUAUCUAAAAAAAGUUGAAGCUGCAAAACUCGGAAGACAACUGAAGAGACAGAAGAAGCUUGAAGACAGCCUGGUUAAAGAACAAGACAAACCCAGCCAGUCAAAAAAUACGAUUUUUAUGUUUAUUCGCAAAUCUACCAUAAACUCAUUCUAUUACUCGCGGUUAGCCCAUGCUAUGAUGUUUGGCCAACCGAUUAUCUUUGAUAUGAGCUUUGAGAAUUACAUGAGAAAGCAAGAUGUUCAUCGACUUUGUGAACAGUUUCUUAUGGGCUAUGGAUCAAACAAGGUCCACCCGGAUCCUUUCCAUUUUGUAUUAAGCGGCAACCAAUCCAAUAGCAUGUUUCAAAAUUGCCUGGACAAUACUAGGGUCAACAAACACGAAGAGGAGCAUUUUCUGAUGACCAACAGUGACCAACACUAUCUGAACCUUUACCCAAGGGAGAAACUGGUGUAUCUAACACCUGAUGCUCCGUCAGUCUUGCAGACUUUUGACCAUGAUGCCAUCUACGUUGUUGGCGGACUAGUAGAUAAAGUUGUUCCAAAACCAUUAACAAUGGCAAAAGCCAAAAAAGAGCGGCUAAAAAUGGCUAAGCUGCCCCUUGAUAACUACAUCAGGUGGGGAUGUGGAAACAAAUCUCUGACUCUGAACCAGGUAGUUGAUAUCCUUCUGGAAGUAAAGAGAGGUAGUAGCUGGACUGAAGCCUUUCGGCAUAUUCCUCAGAGAAAAAUCCGUUAUCUACUUAAAGACUGAGCUUUUACCAAAUGAUUGUAGAUUGUCACAUCACCAAAUUCUUUACACAUCCAAAUUCUAUUGAUCUUUGAUAAACUUUAGUCAUGGAGAAAAUAAAUUAAUCAUUCUUAUCAA